AUGUUCAUCCGCCGUGAUGCUGUGCAGUUCCAGAUUCCAGAUUCCAGAUUCCAGAUUCCAGAUUCCAGAUUCCAGAUUCCAGAUUCCAGAUUCCAGAUGCUGAUCCGACCGUCGCUGCCAAACGGCGGCAUACCAUGGGCCGUAACUCGACCUCUGCUUCCUGCUUCCUCGCUGCCAGUGUUUGGUACCGUCCUCACACCGUACACCAUCUGCCACAAUACAACCCGGAACAAACCGUCGUUGCCAACAAAGCGAAGACGCCAUCCAGCUGCCAGCAAAGCAGCCCCUCCGCCGCUAUCGAUAGCCCCGCGACGAGCCCCGCACCCCGGCACCCAAGCCUCACGCAUCGAGCUGCGCAUCUGCGCAUCUGCCUGA